AUGGGUUCGGUAUUCUCGUGCCUAGCAUCAACCUUCAUCUACCUCGGCGAGUUCCUCGAGAACGUAUUCCUCGCCAUCGGCGAAAUCGGCGCCGUGCUCGUUCGGGCCAUCAUUGGCAUCGUCGUCAGCCUCUGUGACCUGCUAGCGGCCAUCAGCUGCUGCUACCGCGUACCUUGGUCAGAGCGUCCGGAUCGAUCGUUCUACACCUACUCCACCAAUACCACCACAAUGGUCGCCAGCAGCAACAGUGCGCUCGCCACUGUGGGAGGCAAGCAGGUGCUGUCAAGUGUCUUUACCAAAGAGGGUCGCGAGCAGCGAAAGCAGAUCAAGGCAGCCAGGAUCAAGGCGGCGGCUCUCAAAGCUGAGCAGGUGGCAGCGGCGAGGGAUGCCAAGAAGGCUGAGGGUGAUGCACAGAAGAAGGCAGCCGGUACAGAGAAGAAGGGAGAAUCUGCCAUCACUGUCAAGGCAUGA